AUGCUUCGAAAAACUUAUGACAACCAGGAAGCUCAAAUACGUAAUUUAGAAAAUCUUAAUAUUACUUCUUCUAUGUAUGGUCCAUUACUCAUACCAAAUUUAAUGCAAAAACUUCCUGAAGAACUGAACCUAAUAAUAUCAAGACAAUUCCAAGGUAAUGACUCUUGGGAAAUAGAGAAAAUUCUUAACAUUUUUAAAUCUGAACUGCAUGCACGAGAAAAGUCAAUCAUAAACGAUUCGGCUUAUGAUCGAAGACCUUUAUCAAUUGAGACAUUGCACUCAAGUUCCUUGUAUAAUAAUAAGAAAAGCUUUAGCUCUCCUCACGAUAGAAGACAUAAUACUUAUAAUGAAAACUUUAAUAAAUGCAUCUUCUGUGAUAAAGAUCAUCUUCCUCAUAAUUUUAAAUCAGUGACACAAUUAGAUUCAAGAAGGAAAAUUUUAAAAGAUCAGAAACGUUGUUUUAUUUGUUUACGUAUAGGACAUAUUUCCUCAAAGUGUUUAUCACGUAUAAAGUGUUAUGAAUGUUCGAGCCGACAUCAUGCUGCUAUGUGUGAAAAGAAACAUCAAUUACAACCAUCGGACAGUCAACUUACUUCAGUUGCUGAAGCAUCAAAAGGACAUUCAGUUUUAUUACAAACAGCUUUAGUUACAGUAACAUCAGGAUCUACUGAAUUAAGAAAUUGCAGAAUUUUAUUUGAUAACUGUUCUCAGUUGAGCUAUAUCUCACCAGUUAUUCGAAAAAGACUUGAUUUAAAGACCAUUGAUCAGAAGAAAAUAAUUAUUAAAACAUUUGGUAAUAAAUGUAUGACUGAAACUCUGGAUAAGGUUCAAUUUUGCAUUCUCGAUAUAAAUAAUAUGUCCAUACGUGUCUCAUGUUACGUGAAAGAAAUAUGUGCUCCGAUAAAUGGACAGAAUAUAGAGUUUGCCAUUAAACACUAUAGUCACUUGAAAGGAUUGAAAUUAGCAGAAAGAAAUUGUACUGAUAAAAAUGUUCGUGUGGAUAUCCUUAUUGGUGCAGAUUUUUAUUGGUCCUUUGUGGAAAAUGAAGUAAUUAAAGGUGUUGGUGGUCCUGUUGCUCUCAAGUCUAAGCUUGGUUUUUUGUUAAGUGGCAAUGUUAUUGGAAACUCAGAUAAUUGUAGUGUAGCUUCACUCUCAUGUUUUAAAAGUUUCUUCUGA